GGAAAUUAUACAUUUACACUUUGUUGAGUACCCCUUUUCAAAUUUACACUCAGGAGGAGGACAUUUUCACAAAUACCUAAUUGUUUAGUAGCCGAAAGACAAUAAUAACCCUCGCAAUUUUAACCUUUUCUCUCGAAUCUCUCUAGCUCGCCAUCGAAGGCGACGAGAUUACAGAGCUACGACGGCGAUUCUAGCAACGGCGACGACAAAAGGUCUUCUCUCUCACUAGUCACGCCGUCUCUCUGGAAAGAGCAUCCGGUGACGACGAAUAACAAUCAGACUAUACGAUUCAAAAUUUCAUCUCAAAAAAUGUCGUCUACUCCUCACGAUUCUCCUCUACACGAUUCUCCUAUACACGAUUCUCCUCUUCACGAUUCUCCUAUUCAUGAUUCUUAUCUUCACGAUUCUCUACAAUUGGAUAGCAACGAGUUUUGCACAACCUUGAAAUUGCCUGGGAGGGUUUAUGAAGCUGUAGAAACACCAGAUAAUCCCAAAGCGAUAAUCCAUCACUCAAAGAUUGAUUAUAUCGAGAAGGUGGAAGAUAUAUUAGGAAAAGAAGAGUUUUCUUUCAUAGAGAACUCUCACAUUGGGAGCAUUUUGAAGUUGGUUAAAAGGAAUAGGGUUCAAUUUUCAGAAGAGUUGUUCCAUUUUCUAAUGCAGCGAAGAGUAUUGACGCAAGGAGAGGAUCUCUGGUUUACUUUCUCGGACCAGCCUAUGAGGUUUUCACUAAGGGAAUUUCAUCUGACAACAGGCUUACGUUGUGAGGAAGAUCAGACAAUAACAGAGCCGCUGUUCAAAAUAAUGAAGAAGCCAUACAUUUGGAUGCUGGGCAAGAUUGAUAAGUUUACGGUGAGAACGUUAUAUGAAAUGUUUAAAAAGAAAGCACGAAGCAUGCCAACACUAGAAAGAUUAUCCCUUGGAACAGCAAUACUCACAGAAGCGGUAAUUAUGGCAGAAAAUCCGAGUUCUAAAAUCCCGAGAGACAGGUUGCAGCGUUAUAUGAACUAUCGCUCACACAAGAUUGCUUGGGGUAAAACUGCUUAUAGAAUCUUGAUGAGAAGUGUAAAAAGUUUGAGUGCAAGUUCCUGGACAGGAGAUAGUUAUGAAGUGAGUGGUUUUGCGCUAGCCAUAAAUCUGUGGGCAAUGUCAUCAGUGAAUGUGCUUGGUAAAUCUUUGGGAAAGCCAUGCGAGACAUCCUCUUCUUCUGAUCCGUUGUGUCUACAUUGGGACUCAACAAGAACUCCGACAAUAGCUGAAGUGUUAGAGCUGGAGAAGAUAAACAAUGUUGAGGUUAGCACAGUGAUUGGAUUGGCUGAGGAAUACAAACAUUUGGUGGGGGCAACACAUAGUGACGAUGCUGACUUUCACAGUGUUGUGAAACUAGUUCAACAAGGAUACAAAAUGAGGAGAAGCGAUUGGGAGAAAGGUUUUGUGGAUAUGUUUGUUGCAACAGAAGAUAUAGGUCAACAACGCAAGACAAAAGACGAAGAUGCAGAGCAUGGUGAAGAUCUGAACCAUAAUGAAGAUGAAGAGGAAAAGAAAGAUGAAGAGGAAAAGACAGAUGAAGAGGAAAAUAAAGAUGAAGAGUAUCAAAAGGAUAAGGAGCAAAGAAAAGAUAAAAAUCAUUCCAUGUCUAACAGCGAGAAACUUGAUAAGCUAAUCCAAAUGGUUCGUGAUUUGGAUAAGCGAGUAGUAAUGAUCCAGAAUGUUUUAGGAGUUAAGUUUAACGACAGUUCACCAAACAAAGAAGAUUGUGAAAAUGGAGCUAGUUCUGGUGAUAGAAGAAGUGCACAAGAUUAUGAAAAUGAAGAAGAUACAAUUAAUGAAGAAGCAAACUCUGAUGAUAAAAAAAAUGCACCAGAUGAUGAAAAUGAAGAAGAUACAAUUGCUGAAGCAGCAAACUCUGAAGAUACAAUUGCUGAAGAAGCAAACUCUGGCGAUGGAAGAAGUGCACUGGAUGAUGAAAAUGAAAAAAGAGAUAUGUGAUGAAGAAGCAAAAUCUGGUACAGAGCAUCAAAGGGAAGAAGAGAAUAUUCUUGGGGAAAUUGAGACUACACAAAAAAUCACUCAAGACGAAGACACAGAAAAACUUGAAUCAGAAAGUUGCUUGAAACAAACGUCGCAGGUAUGAAUCUAAAACAGGAUAUAAAGGUUUAUAAAUUUUUUAAUUUAGUGAUAGGCAAAUUGAAUUUCUUAUUUCUUUUGUAGGUUACGUCGCCUACUCCAACAUUCAAUACUCCAAACUUUGAUACAAGGGUACAAAAUUAAUAUAUUUUAUAAGGCCUUGUAAAAGUUUAAUGUAUAUAGCAUAAACAUCUAAUUUUCAAAUAUUUUGUCUGAAGGUUUCAUCGCCUAAUCCAACAUUUACGUCUCCUAAGUUUGAUCUCCUUUCCCAAGAAAGUCAUAGUGGAAAGGGUACAAAUGAGGUAUUUUAUAAAGCUUUAUAAACUAUUUCAUGAUCGUUAAGGUCUCUUAAACAAUUAUAUAAAAACGAUUUGCAUGAAUCAGGUUCUUAUGAGAGAUGUUUAUGAGAUUCCUGUUUUCCAACCUCUAAUGAAAAUAAAAAAGAGAUUGGUACAACAACACAGCCAGGUUUGUUUUCCAAACUUUAUGAGUAUUGAUUUAUUUUAUAGACUUAAUAAUCCUUUGUAAAAAGGGGACUAUUUUUUUUGUUCUGUAGGUAAACGAAGAUGUUGAGCCUCCACUUCAAAAGAAGUUUAAAGCUGAUACAGAUAAUGUUCCGCUAAGAAGAAGUGAAAGAGGUCAAAUACCAUCCAUUCAUACACAACCACCGUUUACAGGAGCAAGGAAGAAACAUCCGAUUCUUCAUCCCUUUGAGCCAGUUGAUAAAACAAGAAAA